GGGCAGCUCCCGGUGCAGCAACGGGAGGUUUUGCCUGUGAAAAUGCUGUCGUGCUAGUGCUGAGGAAGGCUAUAAAUAUAACUUAGAUGUGAGUAGCUUCAUGUGAAUGUGUCCGUGAAUAGCAAAGUUGCUGUGUGCGUGGCAGAUGUAAAUACCGCUAACAGAGCGUGACGGUGUGGAGGGCACCUCCUCGUCAGCCUCCCCAACUUUCCUCCUUUGCCCUGCAGGUAACUUGUGUGGUUUUUCAGUGCUCCCUCACCCCGGCUCUUGUUUGCUUUUUCCCUAUCCAUCCCUAUGGACCAGCCCUGCACCGUGGCGUCCAUCUGUGUGCGCUGCUCUGGGAUGGGUCUCUCAGCACCAGGAAGCUGUUCUCCAAGCACAGUCUGCACCCAGGGUUGAAGUGUCCCCCUCUAAGCUUAGAGAUUUUGGGGGUCCAGACCCAACCCUUCCAGCUCACAAGGUCCCAGCUCAGCUCUUGCUUGGGGUGGUCCAAUGUCUCCAACAGGCACUGCCAAUAGGGGUUACUCGGUGGUGUUGGAUGCAUGGUGGAGGUGAUGGGCAUCACCACUGUCAGCUUGUGGUCACCAGAAGCCUGAAAGGGGAUGGGGAGGUGUGCAGGGAGCGUGGGGACAUACUUGUAUCCAUUUGGCACUGGAAGCAAUGUCUGAGCACCCCAACACAUGGUCACCUCAGUUUGGGGCUGCUGACAAUGAUAAUGACACAAAGGAUAGAAGGAAUGGACUCAGCGAUGGGUUCCUUCCAACUCAGGAUAUUCUGCAAUUCCAUGGUAGGAAUGUGGGCUUCUAGAAGGGAAACUGGUGGUGAGGAGGAGGAGGGAUGGAAAUGGAAGGGAUGGAUGGGAGAGGGUCGGUCUUCUCAUGCUGCAGCCUUCCUCUCCUUCCACCAUUCCUCCUCCCUGGGGCGUGCUGCCCGGAGGUGUCCCCCAGGCAUUUGGCUGCCUGGUUCCAUGCUGCCCACCCAUCCCUGGUGUGGCACCACCAUGGGGCAGUGGGAUGGGGGAUGUAGUGACGGCCAGCGGCACUUCCAUCAGCACCCAUGUGGAGCAGAGCACUUAAUUGCAAUCCGCCUUCAGCAAAUUCCCACUUUCCUGGGUCACUGCAUUAUGGCAUUGGGUUCGUUCAACCCGACGGCGACCGGGGAUCGAUAGAUGGACGUGCCUGUCUUCGCAGUCAAUCCCUGCUCACAAACACAACCACCUUUCUGCCAAUGGCACUGGUUGGACACAGCUCUCCUGCAAGCAACUGUGUUGGAUAUAGGACCAACGAAUGGAUAUGGUUCUCCUGGAGCACCGGGGGCUCUGGGGAGGAGGGGACAACACUGGGAGGUGUGAGAGCAGUGGGGGCUGGGGAGGGGGCUCAGCCUCUGCUCUGGCUGUGUCAACCUUCGUGCGUAGCCCUUUUUUAUCUGUUUUCUGCCUUUCUCUCCCUUUCUCUCCUCUCCCCCCUCUGUCGGUAUGUGGGCUGAUCACUGCUCAAACUUUUAAUUCAGAUGGUAAUUGGAAUAAUAAUACGGGCAGAAUCCUUCUGGCUCUGUUGCUGCAGCUGGCUUCGGGGAGCUAUGAAUAGCUCUGAGUCACACACUGAGAGGCUUCAACUUCAGAUCAUUUUGUUUUGUUUUCAUAUUACCCGUGCCCGGGGCUUCACAGGGGGGAAAUAUCCCCUCACUCGCUCCACCCCGAAAUGCAAACAGGGCAGAGGGACAUAUGUGUCACCCAAUGGGGGAGCAGGGGUCAGCUCACCGUGAUUGCGGGCACACGGGGACUGCUGGCACCCACCCGAUCUAUUUAUAAUUAUUGAGAGAAAAGGCAGCAGCAUGUCUAUAUAAAUGGCGCAGAGCUCCCUCCCCUCACCUGCCCCAUGCCAUGUGCCUUUUGCUCUCCUGCAUGGCUCCAACACCCUCGCUAAUGAGAUCUAGGGUUAAUGAGAGGCACUGAGCCCACAUGUUAGCCCACAUGCAGGGGCUCAGGGAGGGAUGGGGGAUGCUGCAGGUGUGUAGUUCUGCUUGAGCCUGGGAGUCCCCAUAGCCAAGGCAUCCCCAUAAAAGGGGUCUCCAUACUAAGGGCUUCUCAUACCAAGGGGUUCCCAUACCAAAGGGGUCCCCGUACCCAAGGGGACCCCAUACCCAAAACAUCCACAUACCUAAGAAGUCCCCAUACCCAAGUGGCCCCCAUACCCAAGUGGUCCCCACGCCCAAGGGGUCUCAUGCUCAUGGGGCUUCUGUACCAAGAGGUCCCUGUACCCAAGGGGUCUCUACACCAUGGGAUCUCCAUACUGAGGAGUCCCUCUGCCCAAGGGGGGGGAAUGAAGGCCCCUCGGAGCCACAGUGACCACAGACAGGAGGGAAGAAUUCGCCAGACAGCUCUGGAUAAAGCCAAGUGUAAAAAUACCAUGGGAUUUUUCCAUCGCCGUCGCUGUUGUUUGCGGUGUACAUCCCCGGAGCGCCAGAUACGGUUGUUAUAAAAAGAGAAGUGGGGGAGUGCUUCGGCAUAGAGUUGUCUGUUCUACUUCACAAGGCCGCUCUGCUGCGGAUUUGAAGCAGGUCCUUAUAUCCAGACUAAACGUCUCCUCUUUCAGUUGGAAACCAUUUCUUCUUGUCCUAUCCCAACAGACCCUGCUAAAGAGUCUGCCCCCUUCUUUCUUAUCCCCCCCCCACCCUUUAGACGCUGGAAGGCCCACGUCGCAGGCAGGGCUGUGCUGGGAAGCAGCAGGUGGGUUUAUUUCCAUCCACCUCCCGGCUGGUGCCGUUCCCUCCGAGGCCGCGGCCGCCGGCAUGACGAGCGCUGCGCUCUGCCAGCUGGCAGCAGGGGAUGGAGCGGGCGGCAGCAGCGCAGCGCGGCCCCGUCUGCGGCCAGCCCGCCCGGGCCGAUGCCCUGCCCAGAGUGCUGCCGCGGAGCUGCCGGAGGAGUGCAGGCAGCGAGUGGAGCCUACUGGUCCCCGCCAGCCGGCCACACGCCCAUCGCACAGGUACAUGCUCAGAAGCAAUGGUGAUGACGGCAUGGGCCUCAGCUUGUCAGAGGUGAAAGCUAGAGCUGCCACAUCCCACAUGAGCAGGGCUGCAUGAGAUCCCACGCUUGCCCAGCUCCUGUGGCUCCCAACACCUGAUGAUACAGCAAGCCAUGGGCAGCGUCCGCGUCAACCGGUACAGCAUUGUCUCCACCGAGGAGGAUGGACACAAGGUCUCUGCGCUGGGCAGCAUGAACGGGCACAGCCGGAACGGGAAGGGCCACACACCCCGACGGAAGCACCGCAACCGCUUUGUGAAGAAGAACGGCCAAUGCAACGUCUACUUUGCCAACCUGAGCAACAAGUCUCAGCGCUACAUGGCUGACAUCUUCACCACCUGUGUGGACACGCGCUGGCGGUACAUGCUGAUGAUCUUCUCUGCCGCCUUUCUGGUCUCUUGGCUCUUCUUUGGUUUCCUCUUCUGGUGCAUUGCUUUCUUCCAUGGUGACCUCAACGCACCGGUGGUGGGUGGUAGUCCCUCCCUCCUCAAGCCCUGCAUCAUGCACGUGAACAGCUUCCUAGGGGCUUUCCUCUUCUCAGUGGAGACACAGACAACCAUUGGGUAUGGCUUCCGCUGCGUGACUGAGGAGUGUCCGCUGGCCAUCAUGGCUGUUGUGGUCCAGUCCAUUGUGGGCUGUGUUAUUGACUCCUUCAUGAUUGGCACCAUCAUGGCCAAGAUGGCGAGGCCCAAGAAGCGGGCCCAGACCCUCCUCUUCAGUCACCACGCGGUCAUCUCGGUGCGGGAUGGCAAACUGUGCCUCAUGUGGCGAGUGGGCAACCUCAGGAGGAGCCACAUCGUGGAGGCCCACGUUCGUGCCCAGCUCAUCAAACCCUACAUGACAGAGGAAGGGGAGUACCUCCCCCUGGACCAGCGGGACCUCAAUGUAGGCUACGAUGUGGGUCUCGAUCGUAUAUUUUUGGUCUCACCCAUUAUUAUUGUUCAUGAGAUUGAUGAGGAGAGCCCGCUCUACGGGAUUGGCAAAGAGGAGCUGGAGACAGAGAACUUUGAGAUCGUUGUUAUCCUAGAAGGGAUGGUAGAAGCCACAGCCAUGACCACACAGGCACGGAGCUCUUACCUUGCCAGUGAAAUCCUUUGGGGUCACCGCUUUGAACCAGUAGUGUUUGAGGAGAAGAACCACUACAAAGUGGACUAUUCCCGCUUUCACAAGACCUACGAGGUAGCUGGCACACCCUGCUGCUCAGCUCGGGAGCUGCAAGAAAGCAAGAUGACUAUCCUACCCUCUCCCCCACCUCCCAGUGCCUUCUGCUAUGAGAACGAGCUGGCUCUUGUCAGUCAAGAUGAAGAUGAAGAUGAUGAUGAAGUGGGUGUAGCGUUAGGUGGCAGCACCAAGGAAGAGGGAGGCGUCAUUCAGAUGAUGGAUUUUGGAAGCCACCUGGACCUGGAGCGGCUCCAGGCCACUUUGCCCUUGGAUACCAUCUCAUACCGCAGGGAGUCAGCCAUCUAAUCCCUCCAGCCUCCCCGUUCUACAUCCAUGACCCACCUCCUCCUCUUCCUCUGUUCUGCACCCAUAUUUAGCUGGAUAAGUCCCUUGCCCACCAAAAAACACCUCCUGUGACCACCUGUCAGCACCCGAGUACACUGAGGCCUGGAUAUACUCCGAUUUAUUCCCUUUCCCAUGAAUUUAUACCCCCUGGAUGAGGAGUGAGAAUACACCAUUCUUCCAGACAGCACAGCUUGCUCAAGGACCUGCCCAGGGACAGGAGAGCAGCAUGGUUGGAUUCCCAUCUCUGUGGAGGUGACAAGAGCCUGUGCCCUCAAUGGAGAGACUGUACCUGCUCAAGUGUUUCUGCAGCUAAGACAACAGCACUUUCUGCCUCUCUCAACAUGUGUAGGCCCAUGGCUAUCGAUAGCCACAGCUCUCACAGGGAGAGGAAUGAUGCAUAAGUCCUGACCCAAUGAGGAGGGACACGGGAGUUUAGGACUCCUAGUGGGAGUGGGAGAGUCUCUGGAGAUAGGGGUUUGCUUGCAUGUUUAUUGCUUGUUGCACUUGACUUUCUUUGUACAUAAAACAGAUUGAGAACUGAAAUCCAAAUUCUUCCACUGUAAAUGCCAAGCUGGGAGAGAAGGACGCUGCACGUAGCCCGCUCUGCACUCUCCUUGUGGCACCCGUCACCUCCAGCAGCAGCUCAGCCCCCACAGACUCAGCCCUGAUUCCCCCACUCCUCCCCAGACCACGUUCUGCUUCUACCCUGGACUGCCUGGCAGCAGGCAGGGCCCUGUGCUCACACACCCGUCCGCAGUGCCAGGGCUGGCAGGCAGUGACCUGAUGGGACAGCAGGCCCCUCACUUGCUCCUUCCACCUCCUCCAGUCUUCUCCCUGCUGCCAUCAGCUGUAAAAUGGAAUUUGUAUCUAUUUAUUUUUAAUAAAGUCUAAUAUCCCAGGGGGAGGUUUGGAAACAAAGGAGACCCUGA